CGUGUGUGUAUUUCGGGAUACUCGAACGAACAGGACCAUCGACCAAGAGGCCGAACGCUCAUGUAGUCCUUGCUUGUGGUGUGAGGCGGAGCUGAAGAUGCCGGUGCACCGGCAGUGGUGGUGGUGACACAUUGCGUCCUCCGAAGUGGUUGCGUAAACGCGUCUUUAUUAACGAAUGCUGCUGUGUCUGUGAGCUCUUCUCUGCACACUCUCAGUUUUCCUGCCUCGAUAAAACUCGAUUGCUGUACGCUCCACUAUUUUUAAAAACCAUCCAACCUGAAGUGAUGAUUAUGGCAAUAAGCAAUGGCGUACAUGCCGAAUCAAAACCCGUCGGAUCAUACCCGCCGUCCGGAAUCGAUGUCCUCGUUGUAGGAACUGGCUUGGCCGGUUUAACUGCUUCGAUAGAGUGCAUUCGCAAGGGUCACAAUGUCAAAGUGUUGGAGCGCAACGCGGACAUUAACACAUCAGGAGACAUGUAUUUCAUGGGCUUGAGUGCUACUAAAUUCUUCAAGCACUGGCCCGAAAUGGCGAAGGAAUAUGAUGAGAUCUCGCUUCACAACUGCUGGAUGGAGACGUUCAAGCACUCUGGAGAAAUGAUGAUUGCGCCAAGCUUGGUGUCUGCGCGAUUGCGGGCUCAAGGUUUGGACCCAAACACACCUCCAGGGACCUUUCAAAUGCGACCUCUUGUCUAUAGGAUGUUUGUUCGUCAGCUCGAGAGAUUGGGCAUAGAAGUUGAAUACAACAAACGCAUUGUGGACUAUAAGGAGGAUGCUGAGAAGGGCAAGGCCUACGCCAUUGCUAGUGAUGGUUCAAGAUAUGAAGCCGACGUGAUCAUAGCUGCAGACGGCGUUGGCUCGAAGUCACAGAAGCUCGUAGGUGGGCAAGUACGCGCCGUCUCUUCAGGUCGUGCCAUGUGGCGUGCAGCCUUCCCAAUCGAACAUCUUGAAAAGGACCCGAAAGUUAAGAAACACUUCAAACUUGUCGGGCCAAACGGCGAUGAGCCCAUUGUUCGGACCUGGCUGGCACCCAAUUCAUAUGCACUCACUUUGACCAGACCGGACACCAUGAUCUGGAUUCUUAACCACGAUGUCACGGGAUCAGAAGAAGAGAACUGGAGUCAUACAAUUGACAAGCAGGAGGUAUUAGAUAACAUGGACAAGGGACUUCCCACCCCUUGGGCACCAAUAUUCAAGGAUCUUGUAAGAUGCACACCCGACAACACGAUUGUCAACUUCGGUUUGCUGUGGAGAAACCCACAGCCAAGAUGGGCCUCGCCCGCGGGUCGGGUCGUCACGAUUGGCGACGCUGCACAUUCCUUCCUCCCAGCCAGCAGCAACGGGGCAACCCAAGCAAUUGAGGACGCUGUUUCAAUUGCCGCAUGCCUCCAGAUGGGUGGCAAGGAUCGAAUCGCGGAGUCUGUUCGCACUCAUGUCCUUUUCCGCUUUGUCCGCACUGCUUGCGCUCAGAAGCUCGGUUUCUCGAACGCUGAACUUCUUCAAGAUACGGAUUGGGGAAAGGUCAAGCUCGAUCCCCGUCGUGCUCAGCCAAAACUCCCAGCCUGGGUAUUCAAGCACGACCCUGAAGCUUAUGUUUAUGAAAACUAUGAGAAGGGAGUGGCUGCUGUCAAGAACGGAGCCAAAUAUAUUACGGACGUGGAGGGCUUACCCCCAAAUUAUCCACCCGGCUACAAAUUCGAGCCAUGGAGUAUCGACGAUAUCAUGUCAAACAUGAAAGCGGCAAAAGAGUUUGAACUUGGACCGGGCGAUUGGAGUUGAUGAAUCUAUUUGGAUUUUAGAACGAGAGUAUCAUGUUGCAUCUAUGUGUCAUGGCGGGGGGAGGGGAAUAUGUUUCCCAAUGCCAGAAGAAUACUCGAGCCUGUGCGUGUUUAAAACAAUUGCCCUAUCUGUAAAGGUACGCCUCAAGUUUCUGAGGCUUGCAUGAAACUUAUAGUUCACGAGACGCGGAGUUGAAUGAUUCGAUAUACAGCCCCAAUUUGGUUCAGAAUGGAGGUUUGUUCCCAG